AGAUUCCUUUAAAAAGAUAGACGCACGAGAAGACAAAAAAAGGGUUAUCCAACCUUCCUCUUCCUACCUAUGUCAACCAACUACUAAUACGACAAAGAUCUUUGCUAUUUUUUUCUUUUUCUUCUGGUUUUCUCAUUAGACUUGAGAGCAUGUGGUGGAGAGUCUUGUCUGAAUCAUCUCGAAGAGUCUCUGAAUCAUCGGAACAAAAGGGGACUCUGUUGGCCGUGACCAUGGCAACCGAUACAACAGCCUCAAGCUACUGGUUGAAUUGGAGGGUUCUCCUCUGCGGAUUAAUCCUAUUAGCUCCAUUGGUGUUAGCAGCGAUUCUCAUUUGGAGAUACGAAGGCAAAAGAAGACAAGGACGAGAACGCCCUGGGACGUUGUUCCAAGACGAAGCUUGGACCACAUGUCAUAAAAGAGUCCACCCUCGUUGGUUGCUCGUCUUUAGAGUAUUCUCGUUUGCUGCAAUGCUGACUCUACUCGUUUCAAAUGUUGUUCGUGAUGGAAGUGGCAUAUUUUACUUCUAUACUCAGUGGACGUUUACUCUUGUCACACUCUACUUUGGGUAUGCUUCGUUGUUAUCUAUUUACGGUUGCUGCAUCUACAAUAAAGAAGCUGGUGGUAACACAGAGAGUUAUACAAGCAUACAUGAUGCAGAACAAGGCACUUAUAGACCACCACCAAUCACCCGUGAUGAGUCUGGAACUUUACCAAAAUCUCCCAUUGCACAUUCAGAGUCACCCGUCCGAGAAGCAGCAGGGUUUUGGGUUUAUGUCUUUCAGGUCCAGUUCCAAACUUGUGCUGGUGCUGUUGUGUUAACAGAUAUCGUGUUUUGGGCGAUUAUCUACCCUUUUACUAGUGGUUACAAGCUGAGUUUUCUAGAUGUUUGUAUGCAUUCUCUCAACGCUGUAGUUCUCCUCGGUGACACAUGUCUAAAUUCACUGCGGUUCCCUCUGUUCCGGAUCUCUUACUUUGUACUUUGGAGCUGCAUUUACGUGGCUUACCAAUGGAUAAUCCAUGCCUUCAAGAACUUAUGGUGGCCAUAUCAAUUUCUUAGUCUUUCUUCACCCUACGCACCCUUAUGGUACUUGGGAGUGACAGUGAUGCAUAUACCGUGCUUUGCCGUCUUCGCUUUGGUCAUAAAGAUGAAGAGUUCCUUGCUACAGCGUCAUAAGACAUGAGGGGAGACCACUGUCGAGAGGACUUAUGGUCCAAAGUCAAACACAAAAUCAGGAAAAGUCAAACCUUCUUAGUGGAUAAGAGGCUAGUCAAUGGAUCUCAAGUUUACAAGUACAAACCAUAAUUUAGGUCUUGUUUAGUUUAUGAUUAAAAGAGAAAACAAAUGACAAAUCUCUCUCUCUCCCUCUCUCUCUAUUCUUUUUGGUUAAACAAUUGAUUAUGGGAAAUGGUUACAGUGAAAACUAAUAA